AUGCUUAUUCAUUUUGUGCUCUUUCUAAAGAAAUCAAAAAAGGAAUAGUUGUAUUUAUUCAUAUGUCUGAUCUGUCUGCGAACUGUAAAUACUAAGAGCAUAAAGAAGUACCCGAGUAAGAAGGGCCAGAAAACAGGUAAAUCAAAUAGCUAGCUAAAUGUGCAAAAUAAACUAAUUACUGCUGCAACAGUGCAUUUAUGCCAAAACUUGAAUUCAUUCAUAGAACGAAUGAGGGGACCUUUUUCAAUUUAGCCUCCAUCUUCGUCAGCAGAAAUAGGGUUUUAUGAGUCAGUAUUUGUUGAGUGGAUUGGUAAUGAGCCUAUUUCAUCAUCUUCUUCAUCUAUGUCUGGCAAUCCUUGA